ACAAGCGCUCCGGUCGUGUCCGUUUACAUUUCGCGAGUCUUCCGGGUAUAUUCGAAAUAAUUCAACGCGCGCAUAUAUGUAGGUAACAAAUAAUGUUAUUUCCAUUUGCAAGCAUAAUAUUGUGAUAAAAUAUAUUAUACUUACUGAAAUAUAAUCGAGAUACCCGCGAAUCGCGCUACACCGUGUAAAUCGUGCCGAAACAUUUAAUAUACGCACACACACACACACACACACACACACACACACAUAUAUAUAUAUAUAUAUAUAUAUAUAUUGCAUAGGUGUAUAAUACCCACGUCGAAUAGUCUGUGAAAAGGUAUAAUAUCACAACAAUAUAAUAAUAUUUAUCGGCGGCACACUUUGCCGACGGUAGCCGCAGUAGCGAUUUUUCUUUUCCGUCCAUACGCGAAUUAGGGCACAUAUAUAGGAAAAAAAGAAGAGGGAAAACCCGUUGUUUUUUGACGUUAUAUCAAUAUUAUUAUUUUAUUCACUCCACCGCCGUCGCCGUUCGGAAAACCGAUCUUAGCUAGGCCGCCAUAAUCGCGUUCGAUAUCUAAACACAUUCGCUCAAAUUUCGUCGUAGUCACUCGCACAGUCGCCGUCACCGCCGCCCACACGCUUGAGGACUCAUGGAAGUUACACGGUCGUCACUGUGGUUCCUGGUCGCGUUGGCCGCCGUCUUGCAACCAGCCCGACCUCAGACUUCCAAGCCGAACAUCGUUUUCAUUUUGGCCGACGAUUUGGGAUGGAAUGACUUGAGUUUUCACGGUUCUGAUGAAAUCCCGACACCUAACAUUGAUGCGCUGGCAUUCAACGGUGUUGUGCUAAACAAUUUAUACACUCAACCGGUAUGCACGCCGUCUCGAGUGGCACUGAUGACUGGAAAGUAUCCCAUUAAAUUAGGUAUGCAAGGUCCACCAACAUAUGGCGCCGAACCAAAUGGCUUACCGCUGUCUGAGAAACUAUUACCGGAAUACCUCAGAGAAUUGGGAUACACGACUCGAGCUAUAGGAAAAUGGCACUUGGGUUUCUACAAACAGGCCUAUACGCCUACACGACGAGGUUUCGACUCGCACUUUGGUUAUUACACAGGAUACGUCAGUUAUUACGAUUACAUACUUCAAGACGUCUACCAGAAUUUUGGCGAGUUCCACGGGUUUGACAUGCGACGAAACGACACUAUCGCCUGGGACGUGGCCGGAAAGUACGCCACUGACGUAUUUACCGACGAAGCUGUGCGAUUGAUCAAAGAACAACCAGCCGACCGGCCUCUGUUCAUGUAUUUAGCGCACGUGGCCGUGCACACGGGCAACAGGGGUAAGAAUUUGGAGGCACCUCAGUCCGAAAUCAACAAGUUUAAUCACAUUUUGGAUCCAAACCGCCGAACUUACGCAGCUAUGGUAUCCAAACUAGACGAGUCUGUGGGUCGAGUAGUGGAGGCGCUAACGGAAAAAAAAAUGUUGCAAAACACUAUUAUCGUGUUCAUGUCAGACAACGGGUCGCCGUCAUUCGACAGUUCUGGUCGAGGUUUCGGACCCAACGUCGGUGUAACAGCCAACUGGGGUUCCAAUUUCCCAUACAGAGGUAUAAAGAACACAUUAUGGGAAGGUGGCGUUAAGAGCGCGUCUUUUAUCUGGGCUCCACAAUUCCAGGAAAAUCCUCGAGUUUCCAAACAACUCAUGCACAUAACUGAUUGGUUGCCGACGUUAUACUCGGCUGCAGGCGGAAAUGCUGGAUUUUUACCAAAAAAUCUAGACGGAUACGAUCAAUGGACAUCUCUCACAUUAAAUUUACCAUCGCUUCGUAAUUUCGUUUUACUCAAUAUAGACGAAAAACAGCGUUACGCGGGUAUUCUCAAAGACAACUGGAAAUUAAUUGUCGGUUCGACGGCGAACGGGUCACUGGACGGGUUCUUCGGGGCGACCAGACCGCGGACCCCGUACAACGCGACCGCCGUGCUGUACAGCCCGGCCGGCCGCGCGCUCGCCCGGCUGUCCAACUCGCUGCCGUUCGCCACCGGCGGCACCGCGUGGCCGAUGAGCGGCGUCCGCGACCUGCUGGCCAUGCGGUACGAGUCGACGGUCCGGUGCAACCCGUCGCCCGAGGGACCGCGGGCCCGGUCGCCGUGCCCGGCCGGCGAGGCGUGCUUGUUCGACCUGGUGGCCGACCCGUGCGAGACCAACAACGUGGCCAAGAAAUACGUGACGGUCAGCGGUCAGCUGUACGAGGCGCUCAAGUACUACAGGCGGCUGCUGGUGCCGCAGACCAACCGGCCGUUUGACCCGGCCGCCAACCCGGCCCGGUUCAACAACACGUGGUCCACCUGGAUGUACUGAUGACCGUCGCUGUAAAUGUGCAUCACUAUAUAGGCGUACUUAGUAUACGUAUUCCCCGCACAGAUUCUUCUGAAAAAUAAUUCCGGUAAAUCCACUUGAGAAUAUACGCAUUAAACGCGAAAAAUAAUGGUCAUUAGACGCAUCGAUAUUUUAAAGUCUCUUAUAUUGUAAAUCGGACGAAAAGCCCAUAUUCUGUACGUUCGUGUUUAGUCGACGGUCGUAAUAAUAAUUGUACGUGUUCGUGUAGGUCCUUGUAAAUUAUUAAAACAUCAAAUGUCCCUUUGUGAAUUCAUUCGCCUGCAUAGCGCUCGCGGCAUGUUUUUUAACGUGAUUCGCCGACUACUCUUUAAAUCUUCCUGAUAUCUCCCCAAAAAAAAUAUUAAUAAUAUUCUUUAAAUUUGGUACCACAAUUUUAUAGUACAUAAACUACAAGCAUAUAAUAUGUAUAUAUAUAUAAGUAUCUACACUCGAUUGCCAAAACUAAAUCCCCUGUAGCGACCCAUAUGAUGGGUUGAAAAAAGAAGCUUAAGACGAUUAUUAACGUCCGCGAACAAACAAACCCGUCGACUAUUGAUUAAUGCACUGUACAGAAAAUGUGUCAUCCACUUCGUAUUUUUGGUGUCUAUUUAGUAUCUUGACCUUUUGAAACUUUUCGGGGAAAUAAUAAGUGCGUAUAGUGUUUACUUUUGAGCAUUGUAUAGUUAAGUAUUUCUAUAUAGGCUCUCGUUCACGUACGAGUAGUUGUAAUUAUUAAGUAUAUAUUUUUAUUUUUUAUAAUUUAUUAAUUAAUAUUAUUACACGUCCCUAUUUAUUGUACAUGCUGUAUGUCGGAUGAAUUUAGUAAUAAUACUUUUGAAUGUUUAUAUUGUUGUGUAACUUUAUAUAAAUAGUUAUAGGUACUAUCAAACGAAAGACAGAACGUAAAAUUGUAUUUUGUCGUUCAAUUUUGUAUAAUUUUUCAAUUAUUUAUUGAGAACUGUUUUCUUUGUAUUUUCAUUAUUUUUUAGGUUACUUAGUUGACAUUUUAUAUUUGAUGAUAAAUACCUAUGUGCCUAUAUACACGUUUAUAUAUAACUGAUAAACAGAUAGAUAGAUGCUUCGAGACUGCAGACUAUAAUAAUUACAAUAUAAUGUCUAUACAUAAUAUAUAUUAAUAAUUGCAUGCUAUGUUAUAAAUUUUACAAUUACACAUAUUAAAUAUUAUUAUUAUUUUUUAAUUAGGGAUAGAGGCAUUAACCACUAGGUCGUUAGCCUAUUAAGUUCAGGCCACUAUGCUCGUUCAUAAAUUAUUCAUACGCAAUAGCCUUAUUAAUGCCUGUAAUUUUGCAAAUAUUGCACUAAUGUUAAUAUAAUUAACACUAUGAUCUAAACUUUAGAUUCUAAACUGUGUGGAUCUUGGCUCGAUAUAUUUUAAUUAUUCUUUUUUAAUAUAACUAUUUUACUUUUGAUUUAAUGUUUCGUUCAAGUAUAGGUAAUUAUUUUAAGCGUAAUAACAUUAUUUUUUUUUUUAAAGAACUGACAAAUUUAA